GCCUAACGGAAAAUUAAACUAAGCACAUCUCUCUCUCUCUCUCUCUCUCUCUCUCUCUCUCUCUCUCUCUCUAUCUGGUUCUCGCCCGAAAGAUCUGUCCCAUUUCCAACACAGUCUCCGUUAGAUCGAGCUCUCCAGCCAAGCCCUCACUUAAAGACAUAAUUUGUAGCAAAAAAUGGCUAUGGUGGAUGAACCUUUAUACCCAAUUGCGGUUUUAAUCGACGAGCUCAAGAAUGAAGACAUUCAGCUCCGGUUGAACUCAAUCCGCAGGCUCUCCACCAUUGCUCGUGCACUUGGAGAAGAGAGGACCAGGAAGGAACUGAUUCCUUUCCUCAGUGAUAACAAUGAUGAUGAUGAUGAAGUGCUUCUGGCAAUGGCAGAAGAGUUGGGGGUGUUUAUCCCAUAUGUAGGUGGUGUAGAGUAUGCCAACAUUCUGCUCCCACCUUUGGAAACGCUCUGCACUGUUGAGGAAACAUGUGUGAGGGACAAAGCGGUGGAUUCAUUGUGUAGAAUUGGGGCGCAGAUGAGGGAGAAGGACUUGGUGGAGUAUUUCAUUCCUUUGGUUAAGAGACUUGCUGCUGGAGAAUGGUUUACAGCCCGAGUUUCAUCCUGUGGUUUGUUUCAUAUUGCUUAUCCUAGUGCCCCAGAGACUUUAAAGACUGAACUAAGAACAACAUACAGUCAACUGUGUCAAGAUGACAUGCCCAUGGUUAGAAGAUCUGCUGCUACUAACCUAGGAAAAUUUGCUGCAACUGUAGAAGCCGCGCACCUCAAAACUGACAUCUUGUCAAUAUUUGAGGAUUUGACGCAGGAUGAUCAGGAUUCUGUUCGGUUAUUGGCAGUAGAGGGUUGUGCAGCUCUUGGGAAGUUGUUGGAACCACAAGAUUGUGUGACCCAUAUUCUUCCUGUCAUUGUUAAUUUUUCACAGGAUAAGUCUUGGCGUGUUCGUUAUAUGGUUGCAAAUCAAUUAUAUGAGCUGUGUGAAGCUGUUGGUCCAGAAGCUACAAGGUCUGACCUGGUGCCUGCAUAUGUUCGGCUGCUUCGUGAUAAUGAGGCUGAAGUGAGAAUAGCUGCUGCAGGAAAAGUAACUAAGUUUUGCAGAAUUUUGAAUCCAGAGCUUGCUAUUCAGCAGAUCCUUCCAUUUGUGAAGGAAUUGUCAACAGAUUCAUCCCAACAUGUUCGUUCUGCAUUGGCUUCAGUAAUAAUGGGGAUGGCACCAGUUUUAGGAAAGGAUGCAACCAUAGAGCAACUACUGCCUAUUUUCCUUUCUCUUCUAAAAGAUGAAUUCCCUGAUGUCCGGCUGAAUAUUAUUAGCAAGCUUGAUCAAGUCAACCAGGUAAUUGGGAUUGAUCUGCUGUCCCAAUCUCUAUUGCCAGCAAUUGUUGAACUUGCAGAGGAUAGACAUUGGAGGGUUCGGCUCGCAAUAAUAGAAUACAUCCCUUUAUUGGCAAGUCAGUUGGGUGUAGGGUUUUUUGAUGAUAAGCUUGGGUCCCUUUGCAUGCAGUGGUUAAAUGAUAAGGUUUACUCAAUACGUGAUGCAGCUGCUAAUAAUGUGAAGCGCCUUGCAGAAGAAUUUGGCCCAGAUUGGGCAAUGCAGCAUAUAGUCCCACAGGUUUUGGAUAUGAUUAACAACCCUCACUAUUUGUAUCGAAUGACCAUUCUACAUGCAAUUUCCCUACUCGCUCCUGUUUUGGGAUCAGAAAUCACUUGUUCGAAACUUCUACCGGUUGUCAUCAAUGCAUCAAAAGAUAGGGUACCAAACAUCAAGUUCAAUGUGGCUAAAGUGUUGCAGUCAGUUAUUCCGAUAGUUGAUCAGUCUGUGGUGGAGAAGAUGAUUCGCCCUUGUUUGGUUGAGCUUAGCGAGGAUCCCGAUGUUGAUGUAAGGUCUUUUGCUAGCCAAGCUCUCCAGUCAAUUGAACAGGUCAUGAUGUCUAGCUAGCAAGAUCUUUGUCCUUAGUAUCCAUUUUGUUCAAAAGUUUUACCUUUUUUCUUGUAUCCCUUGUACGUGGACCACGAAAUUCCUAUGUAUCUUACCUUUUGAGACGCAGAGGUUCUUUGGUACCGUACGCUUAACAAUUUGCCAUGAUUUUGAUUUAUUUUAGUGUAUUUGUACCCGUCCGGUAUAGUAAUGCUGCAUCCAAAUAUGGUGUUGGAACUUGGAAUUUGUUGUCUCGCCUUUGAAUGAAACAGUUUUCUUUUC